AUGACUCUGUCAUUCCUUUUGGUGUUGGCAACAACAGUAAUUCUCAUCAGACCAGAGACACCAGUAACCAAGGCUCUACAUCAUAACUCACUGGAGUGCUGCAGUGAGAAACUGAGGACCAACAGCUCGUGCUCAAACGACACUCACUGUGAACCAGGAUGCUUCUUUCGUGUCCUCGAGAGCAGCAACAUAGUUUGCAUAUUGUGUGAGCCUUCCUCUAUAGACUCUGAGAACAUCACGGCCUGCACCUACAACUACACAAUGGACAGGAGAAACGCCACAACCGUUACAACUGUAAUGCCUAAUAUUGGAGGCGCGGGCGUGGCUGCCUCUCUUCUUCUCGGAACUCUGUUGAUCAGCCUGUUCUUGAUCCUCUCUGUCGCCUCCUUCUUCUACCUCAAACGCUCCCAUCGACUCCCAAAUAUCUUCUACCGUCGCAACAAGGCCUUCAUAUUCCAACCAAGCGAGACGGCUGUCAUGAUUCCCUCCUCUACAGCAAGAAAGCAAAGAUACGUCAGACGGGAGCGGCCCUCUGUGCCAUCAAGUAGUGCCAUCACCCCCACCGCAUCCACCACCAGGGUCUACAAUGUGUAG